CCGCCGCCGCCCCCGGGACCGGGCAGGGGGGGCCCAGCCCCGCCGCCGCCACCCCCGCCCCCAGCCCCUGCGGAUGUGGCGGAGCGGCUCGGCCGCCCCGCACCGGCCCCGGCACCGGCCCCGGGGGGCCCCGCUCCGCCGAGCCCCGCACCCCGCCCCGCUCCCCGCCUGGCUCUGAGCCCCCACCGCAGAGUCCACCCCGGCACCAUGCAUUCCCUGGAGGAGCCCCUGGACCUCAAGCUGAGCAUCUCCAAGCUGCGAGCUGCCCGGGAGAAGCGCGGUCCCUCCGGGCCCCGACCCCGCGCUCCCCAGCGCCCGGACACCCCGCCGGUCGGGGAUGGCCGAGGGGGCAGCCGAGGGGGUCGCCGUGCUGUGCCAGCCUCGCCGUCCCCCGGGCUCCUGGCACACUCCAGGCUGGUGGAGCCGCGGGAUGGGCGCUUCCCGGCUGCCGUGCCGGUGGUGGACCUCAGCCUCUCGCCCCGCUCCGGGGGGGAGUCUCCAGCUGGCAGUGCUUCGCUGUCCCCUGAGCGCCAGGGCAGCGGGGACCUGCCCGGCCCCCUCACCCCCCACGAUUUCCAGUCCCUGCGCUACAUCGACGGCCUCCCCAGCUCCUUCCAGUUCUUCCUGCCACUGGGGGCUGGGGGGGCCCUGCAUCUGCCCCCCACUGCCUUCCUGCCCCCCAGCAAGGAGAAACGCCUCGCCCCUGAGCUGCCCCUGCCCAAGCAGCUCAUCUGCCGCUGGUCCAAGUGUAACCAGUUCUUUGACCUCCUGCAAGACCUUGUGGACCAUGUCAAUGACUUCCAUGUCAAACCCGAGAAGGAUGCAGGGUACUGCUGCCACUGGGAGGGCUGUGCCCGCCAUGGCAGGGGCUUCAAUGCCAGGUACAAGAUGCUGAUCCACAUCCGGACACACACCAAUGAGAAGCCACACCGCUGCCCCACCUGCAACAAGAGCUUCUCCCGCCUGGAGAACCUGAAAAUCCACAACCGCUCGCACACAGGUGAGAAGCCCUACAUCUGCCCCUACGAAGGCUGCAACAAGCGUUACUCCAACUCCAGCGACCGCUUCAAGCACACCCGCACCCACUACGUGGAGAAGCCCUACUCCUGCAAGAUGCCGGGCUGCCACAAGCGCUACACUGACCCCAGCUCCCUCCGCAAGCACAUCAAAGCCCACGGGCAUUUUGUGUCCCCCGAGCACCCAGAGAUGCUCAAGGUCCAUCCGCCUCCCAAAACGCCCCUGGGCUCGCCGGAGGUGCCCUACGUUAACGGGGCCCAGCUCGUCAUCCCCAACCCCGCCGCCCUCUUCGCUCCCCCAGGGCUGCCAGCGCUGCCCAUCCCUUUGGCACCGGCACCUCUCGACCUCAGCGCCCUGGGCUGUGGGGCUGCGGGUACCCUGCCCGCCCUGCCCAGCCCGGUCCUGCCCCUCAAUGGCGGUCCUCUGAACUUGGCCAAGAGCCCGCUGCUGCCCUCGCCCUUCGCGGCGGGGCUGGGGCUGCCUGUCAUGUCGCUGCUGGCCGGCGGGGCCAAGGCCGAGGGGGAGAAGGGCAGCGGGGCUGAGGGGCGGCCUCCCAAGGCGGGCAAGGGGCCGGACACCCGGAAGGAGAGGGGCGAAAGGACGGAGCCGGGGCGGCCGCGGGUGCUCCCCGAGAGCCUGGCACUGCUGCCGGGGGCUGUGCUCGACCUCUCAGCCGGUGUCAGCUCGGGGGGCAGCCCCGAGGCGCUGCCCCCUGGCUGGGUGCUCAUCCCCCCCGGCUCCCUGCUGCUCAAACCCGCCGCAGUCAACUGAGGGGCUCGACGAUGCCCAGGGCCAGCCGCCGGCCCUGUGGGCAGAUCCCGCUCCCUGGGGACGGAGGGGCAUCGCCGCCUCCUCCUCCCCCCUGCAGCCCCGGCGGGGCCUCGCUCGUGCUUUUAACUGUCACGAAAGAAGAACGGACUCU